GUUCUGACCGUGCUUACGAGGCGUACAAGAAUGAAAAAGGUGGAAGACCAAUAGCCAAUAGCAAUAUGGAUUGUCCAAUUUAAUUUGGAAUGAAUAAUACAUAAUACAUAAUACUCUGCCUCUGGCCUUAAUAAUUAAUACUAAUCACCAUCAUCACUUCACCAGAUGACUUGUAAUCAUGGGUUUCAAUUUCAAGUAUGUGCUGGUUUUCAUUUCUCUGAUGUGUGUUUGGUGUGGAAGAUUAAGAUUCUCUUUGGCUUCUACAGAUUCUAGUGAUGGUGGUUUGGUUAGGUUUAAUCUAAGAAAGCGGAAUUUGGACCGUCAUAGUCUUAGUGCUGCGAGAAUCAAGAAGGCUUCUAAUGCCGGAGAUUUAGGGAGUGAUGUUAACACAGAUUCAACUCCUAAUGUUGUGUAUCUUAAGAAUUAUCUUGAUUCACAGUAUUUUGGGGAAAUUAGUAUAGGUUCACCUCCACAAUACUUCAAUGUUGUGUUUGACACUGGAAGCUCAAACCUAUGGGUCCCUUCUUCCAAAUGCAUCUUUUCUAUUCCUUGCUAUUUUCAUUCAAAGUACAAGUCAAGGAUAUCUAGCACCUAUACUGAAAUUGGCACAUCUUGCAAAAUCCCUUAUGGCCAUGGAUCCAUUUAUGGAUUCUUCAGCCAAGAUGUUGUAAAAGUUGGGGAUAUCAUCAUCAAAGACCAAGUAUUCGCUGAAAUUACAAAGGAAGGAUCAUUAGCCCUUUUAGCUUUGCAUUAUGAUGGGAUACUUGGACUUGGAUUCAAAGAUAUUUCAAUUGGAGAAGUCACACCAGUGUGGUACAAUAUGAUAGACCAAGGGUACAUAUAUCAAAACGUUUUCUCUCUUUGGCUAAAUAAAGAUCCAGUGGCAGAGAUAGGGGGUGAGAUUGUCUUUGGUGGUAUUAACUCGAGACACUUUAGAGGUGAACACACUUAUGUUCCAAUAUCUCAAAAGGGUUACUGGCAGAUUGAUGUUGGAGAUGUUCUACUUGCAAAUAGAUCAACAGGGUUAUGUGAGGGUAGCUGUGCUGCAAUUGUGGAUUCAGGAAUCUCUUCAAUUGCUGGUCCAACUACUGUUGUAACUCAAAUUAACCAUGCCAUUGGAGCACAAGGAUAUGUGAGUCUAGAGUGUAAAAGCAUUAUCCACAACUAUGGUGAUAAGAUAUGGGAUGCAUUAAUCUCCGGGCAGCUAAAUCCUGAAAUUUUAUGUGCCAACAUUGGACUCUGUUCGCAUGACAAAUAUCAAAAGGAUAAUGUUAUCGAAACAGUGGUGCAUGACGAAAAUCUGGAUGGUUCAACUUCCAAGGAGAGCCCAUUUUGUACUUUUUGCGAUAUGAUUGUCUUCUGGAUACAAGUUCAGCUCAAGCAAAGUAAUCUGAAGGAGAAAAUACUAAAAUAUGUGGAUGAGCUGUGUGAGAAGCUCCCAAGUCCAGAGGGACAAGUAUUUGUAGAUUGUAAUAGUAUUGCUGCUAUGCCGCAUAUAUCAUUCACAAUUGGAAACAGAUCCUUUCCUCUUUCUCCACAACAGUAUGUCCUUAGAGUUGAAGAAGGAAGUUCUAGCGUCUGCUAUGGUGGCUUUGUUGCUCUAGAUGUGCCGCCACCGCAAGGUCCCCUAUGGGUUCUUGGAGAUAUUUUCUUAGGGAAAUAUCACACUGUGUUUGACUUUGGUAAUCAAAGUAUAGGGUUUGCAGAAGCUGCAUAGUAUAGUGAUUCUUUAUUAAGAAAAUUUGGAGAUUUUCAUUUAGGACUCAGAAGCAGAAAUAAUUGUCAUAGGUUGCUGCCCCUUAAAAAGUCACAAUAUCUAUGUAUUAGGGCCUCAUGUAAAUGAUGAUGGCUCGUAGAUCUUAUUAAUAAGAUUUGUGACAUUUAACAUUGGUUGAAAAGGGUGAUGGACAUUAAAAGGAUAUUUGUGGGGCAUUGCAUUGUUGUUUAUCUAUGUAGUUAUUGUAAAGAACUAAAGAUCAAACAGGAGAAAACUAGAAGCUUAAUUGCACCAGCCGGCAAUCGAAUCCGGGUAUGUAAUGGUAUGUAUUGUGGCAGGGUCCUCCGAUAUAAGAUUCUUUUUUCAAGUA